AUGUUUCAAGAGUCCCACGCUGUGCUGGCUGUGCAGAAUGUUCCCAGCUUCAAACUUUGCUGCAGCACAGGGACCAAACUGGCUGCUGUAAGACACAAGACGGAGGAUUAUAUAGAAGUGUCUGCUGAGAAGAGCUCAGGGGAUCCAGACAGCAGCAUAAGCAGUCCAGAUACACACCGGGAUCUUCUCUGUGGGAAGAUGGUUCCUCUUCCUUCCCAGCCCUCCAGCCUGGUCCGAAUUUUCAUCGGCUCAGUUUUUUCAGACAUGGCUACAGAAAGAGAGACCCUCCCGCAGAAAGCACACCCAGAAGUGCAGGCCUUCUGUCAGAAGCAUGGCCUAAUGCUUGAGAAAUACACAACUCUGGAAGAAAUUGAAGUCUGUCAGAAACUGUCAGCUGGUCCCACCUUCAUUGGACUCCUGGGGGACCACUAUGGGCACCAGACUAUGCCUCAGCUCAUUGCAGAGAAGGAAUUUGAGGUCCUAACUGUGCAGCUGUCAGGGGACUCUGCCCAGCUCCUGACACAGUGGUACUGGCAAGAUGAGAACGCGCUGCCCACCUGCUACGUGCUACGCCUGGCUCCGGCACUGCGUAUGGCAGCCCAGAAGGCAGAGAGGCGCGGGCUGCUGGGCCCAGAGCAGAGGCACUGCUACCACACAUCAGCAAUUGAAUGGGAGAUUGAACAGGGUCUCCUCAAUACCCAGGAGAGCAACCCGGUGGCUUUCAUAUUCCUCAGAGAGGUUGAGGAUUCUAACAGACAAAUUGGGCAAGGGACAAACAGUGAGGUCUUAGAAAAAGAGGACAAUCUGGACAGUGAAGCGAAACAGCUGCUCAUCAACCUUAAAGCAAAAAUCGCAAGCCAUUAUCCCAAAUACCUCGAAGUGCACACACUGGCACACAGGAAAGACUCUGAGAACCCUCAACACAAGGAGAAUAAUAAAUACCUGAAACAACUUUCUGAGCAGUUCACUGCUGUCACUAAUCACCAGAAUUUAUUGGAUAACAUUGUUCACUGUAGUAGGCAGAACAAUUAUAAACCCCACACAACUCUUAUCCUUUAUGGGCCACCAGGCUGUGGAAAAGCAGCUGUGAUGUGCAAACUAUCUGAGAGGGUACAAGCUGUCUUAGGGCAAGACACCAUAGUUGUGAUUCGUUUGCUGGGGACAUCCCAGCUCAGUUCUGUCAUUCACAGCCUGCUGAGAGACAUUUGUCUCCAAAUGUGUUUAGCGUUUGAUUUGCCACGACCCCCAACCCAGAUCAAACAGAUUACUUCUGGUAACGGUGCUCACAGAUUCUGCUGGCUCCCUACAGAUUGCCCUCCAAAGGUCCACAUCAUCAUUUCCAUUUCCACAGCAGAGCCUGAUACUCUGAAAGCUCUCCAACACACUGUGCCUGAAGCUGAAGCGUACUUGGAAGUAGGACCUUUAUCUUGUGAGGAAGGUGAGGAGAUGCUAGAGAUGCUCUUAAGCUUCCCUAGUGGUGAGCAAGCCCUGCUCUUCAAGCUGGCCUUCCAUGAGGCCAGAAAAUGAGCAUCUUACACUUGACCUUCAGAACCAGUGAUUGCUAGCACAGCCCAGGAUGCCGUGCAUUGUCCGUGUGAGAGACUGGAAAAGUCACACAGCACAGUCCUUGUGGCUCAUGUGCUUGGCUAUAUUGCUACCUCACGAAAUGGACUGUCAGUCAUGGAACUGAAGGACAUUUUACCCCUUGAUGAUGAAUUUCUCUCAGAGAUUCACCGCUGCCACCUUCCUUCAAGUAAAACUAUCCCUAAAACUAUCCUGUGCCUUCCUCCUCUCCACUGGGCACGGCUACGUAGUGACAUGGGAGAGUUCCUAGCAGAACGGAAGGCAGAUGGCUCCACCCUUCUUUGCUUUGCACACAGGCAAUUUGUUGAAAUAGUGCAGAAUUGUUAUCUACCAAAACAAGACCAAGUCAAGAGGCAUUAUCUCCCAGCAGGUUCCUUCAAAGGGACUUGGAGCUGGGGAAUGAAGAAACCUCUUACAUCGCUGCACUUCAGCAAGCCUUUGAAUGCUGACAGGAAGGUAGCCCCUCAGCCACUCUGGUUCUCUGAUACUGUUGCAAAUCUGAGGAAGUUGAGUGAAUUGCCAUUUCAUUUACUUAACCUGGGAUGAACUGAGGAGCUAAACCAGGAUGUCCUGGGGAAUAUGAACUGGAUCAGCUGUAAAACAAUUGCCUCUGGAAUAGAGAGUGUUGUUGAUGACUUUGCCAUGUGUACCAAAUGCAUCAGCUGUCCAGAGCUAUACCUUGUGCAGGACACACUUCUCCUUUUGAAGCCAACAGUCAGCAGUAUACACAGCCCUGAAGCUGAGGUGAGGUGUAUGAAAAUGUUUGGAAAAGGAACCCGUGCUGUUUCAGCUGCCAUGGAUCACAGUCUGCACAUCUGGAAUUUGAUUUCUGGCAGAGCAAGGUUUAUUAUCCAGGACAUGCAUAUCGAAGAACAGCCCUCACAUCACCUUCAGGUGGAUGAGGGGCACAUGAUUGUAUAUUCUUCCUCAGAUAUAGAGGUCAAUGCUUGGCACCUGGAGACAGCAGAACUCAUCUUCCAGGUUUCUGGAGAGGCAUCAGAUGCAUGGAUGUGUUCUGCAGUAUUCAGCCCAAGGCUGGUGAUUAUGACUCUGUCUGAACGAGGAAUGCUGAGUCUGUGGAACAGCAUCACUGGCAAGCUGAGAUCCAAAUGUCAGCUCUCAGGGCUACAGGAAGAAAUGCCAACGUCCAGUGUUCUGAUCCAGAAGCAAGGGAAAAUGAUGGUGGAAUUUAGGGGAACUGUAUCCAUGACCUCUUCAGAUGGAAACAGUCUGCUAGAGAAGCUUCCUGGAAGUGUUUGCUUUGUGAUGGCAUCAGAAAAUGAGUUCAUUCUUGCUGCAGGCUUUGAGGAGUAUGUGCGAGUGUACCUGGCAGACCCAAAGGGAUUCCACAGGUUCCUAGCAGCAGAUUUGGAACAUGAAGGAGUGGUUCAUACGACUGUUAUCUCUGCUGGCAACAAUAUUGUCACUGGUUCUCAGGCUGUGUGGAGUUUAUCAGACCAGGGGUUGCUGACUGACACUAUGGGUGGCAUGGGAGCACCAGCAACACUCUUAGCCCUGUGCGACUGCACUUUGGUUUCUGCCUCCCACAGCGCGCCGUAUCUAGGAGCGUGGAAUCUCAUUUACAAUCAUCAGCAGAAAGCCUUGGCACCUGUCCCAAACACGGGCUGCGCUGCACUGUCCCGUGGCGGGAACUAUGUCUAUUUUAUCCAACCUGAAGACACACAUAAAGUCAUCAUCUGGAAUGCCGCGGAAAGUGAGGUGUGUGACACACUGGACAACUCUGCCCGAGUGAAAUGCCUGGAAAUAGCUGAGCAAACCCAGCUCCUUUUCACAGGCUUUGUAUCUGGAACAGUCCUUGUCUUUCCACUGAACUCCAGGCAGGAUGUGGCCUGCAUCCCACCUCCAGAGUCACAGAAACCAGGCAACACAGCAAUCAACAAGCAGGAAAAGCAUCUUGCCAUAGCAUAUGAUGAUUUAGUUCUUGUGCUGGAUAUUAUCCCUGAUUUCCAGAGCAUUUGCUGUGCUCGCCUCUCAAAAGAUGGUAAGUACUUGUACACUGGAUCACUGGAUCAGUCCAUUAUAGUCUGGGAUGUUGCAAGUGGUGCCUUGCUGGCUGUACAGUCUGUAUACACAACUGCUGGCAGAAUUGUACCAACUGCAGACGGAUUUGUUGCAAUAACAAAAGUUGCUUAUAUAAUCCGUGAGAAGUUUCACUGUCCUAAGACCCCCCCUCCUCGGUAUAACCCACUACAGAACAUCGUGGCAACGUGCACAGUAAAAUCCAGAAGGAAAUAUGGGGAAAACUCAAGCAAACGACGCUACGCCAGACCAGGCACUACAGCGGAGUCGGCACUGCGGCCUUCCCGCGCCCCACCUCGGCUCUCCCCUUCCCGCCAGGGCCAGCGGUUCCCG